AUGCUGAACAAACCUCAUUCACAACUAUUCAUUGAAAGCUUGCACAUGCGCAGAAACACACAUGGGCAUGAGUCUAGGAAGCUUGUUCCCAGCAUUGAGUUCGUGCAACGUAACACCAAAGCUGGGUUUCCACCCAACACCUUUGUCAUCAUUGACACCCAUUCUGAUAAGUACAGUGGAAUGCUCCAGCACACUGGAGGACACAGUGGAAUGCUCCAGCACACUGGAGGACACAGUGGUGGCACCAAUACCACAAUCACAGAAAUUACUGCUGCAUACUUAGGUGCUGAACUACUGCAAAGCAUGGGUGAUGCUGUUAGGUACCGUGCCAGGCUCAAGAAGUGGAGGGGUUGGGGCUCGGCUUCAGCUCUUGCACUGCGCCCUUAG